AUGCAUGCACAUUAUUUGUGCUGUACUAUUAUAACUGGGUUUUGUAAUCUUGUUGUUAUUGCUGCGUAAAUUACACGCAGUUUUGAUACGUUUCCGUAAAUUACCGCUUCUUUGUUCGUCACACCUUAUUGGCCGUGUUCGAGAGCAUCAAAACGACUGCAUGCGACUGCCGACUGAUUGAUCUACAAAUCACCCUGCAUCAUAAAUAGCAACUCAUUAUGAUUUGGAGAUCAGUCAGGCAGUCACAAUUUACCCAUGAUACAAUGCGGCUGCGAUCCUCUCGAGCACGGCCAUUGUGGGAAGUGGUGGUGCUGAAGAGGCAACAACGAAGAUGGCGUGCUGUGGGAAUUGCUUAUGUUGUCACUGCUGCUGCAGGGAUGAAGAUACCCGAACACCCGAGGAACUGACUAUUCUUGGGGAAACUCAAGAUGAAGAGGAUGAGAUCCUUCCAAGGAAAGAUUAUGAGAGCCUGGAUUAUGACAGGUGCAUCAAUGAACCAUAUGUUGAAGUUCUGGAGGAGAUGAACAACAAGAGAGCCAAAAAGUAUGAAGCUGUGAGGUGGAUGCUAGUGUUUGCCAUUGGAGUUUCAGUAGGCCUGGUGGGUGUUUUUGUGGACUUUUUUGUACGCCUUUUCACUCAGCUCAAAUUCAACUUGGUGGGAAAAUCUGUGGAGGAGUGCAGCGAGAAAGGCUGCCUGGCUCUUUCGCUUCUUGAGCUACUGGCCUUCAAUAUGAUGUUCAUCUUCAUCGCCAGUGUGUUGGUCCUCAUUGAGCCUGUAGCUGCAGGCUCGGGAAUCCCUGAGAUCAAGAGCUACCUGAACGGAGUAAAGAUACCUGGAAUAGUCCGGCUACGGACUUUCAUCUGCAAGGCUAUCGGAGUCCUCUUUACCGUAUCCGGAGGUCUGUUUGUGGGGAAGGAGGGUCCAAUGAUCCACAGUGGAGCCAUCGUGGGAGCCGGACUCCCUCAGUUUCAGAGCAUCACUUUCAAGAAGAUCAACUUUGACUUCCCCUACUUCCGCAGUGACCGGGACAAGCGGGACUUUGUGUCGGCGGGGGCGGCGGCUGGGGUGGCGGCUGCGUUUGGGGCACCAAUAGGGGGCACCCUCUUCAGCUUGGAGGAGGGCUCCUCAUUCUGGAACCAGGCGCUCACCUGGAAAGUGCUCUUCUGCUCCAUGUCUGCUACGUUCACCCUCAACUUCUUCCGCUCUGGGAUCAACUACAACAAAUGGGGCUCGUUCCAGCUGCCUGGCCUGCUCAACUUUGGCGAGUUCAAGUGUUCAGACGGGGAUAAGAAGUGCCACCUGUGGACGGCGGUUGACCUGGCCUUCUUUGUCCUGAUGGGGGUGGCGGGAGGGCUGCUGGGGGCCUUCUUUAACUGUAUCAACAAGAGGCUGGCCAAGUACCGCAUGAGACACGUCCACCCCAAGGCCAAGUUUGUCAGGGUUCUAGAGAGUUUGCUGGUUGCCAUGGUGACCACGGUGGUGAUCUUUGUGGCAUCCAUGACAUUGGGUGAAUGUCGUGACCUGGCCUCCACAAUCACCAACAACAACACGACAGCUCUGGUGUCCCUCAAUGAAGACGUCAUCAACUCUACAAUCCGCCAGUUCUUCUGCCCCAACAAGACGUACAACGACAUGGCCACUCUGUUCUUCAACCCUCAGGAGGUGGCCAUCCACCAGCUCUUCCACCAGGACGGUACAUUCAGCCCUGUGACACUGAUUGUGUUCUUUGUGCUGUACUUUUUGUUGGCGUGCUGGACGUACGGCGUGUCGGUGCCCAGCGGCCUCUUUGUGCCCUCGCUGCUCUGUGGCGCCGCUUUCGGACGCCUGGUGGCCAACCUCCUCAAAAUCAACCUGGGGAUGGACAUCUACUCUGGAACCUUUGCUCUGAUUGGUGCAGCAGCCUUCCUGGGAGGUGUGGUCCGGAUGACCAUCAGCCUGACUGUCAUUCUCAUCGAAUCGACCAAUGAGAUCACCUACGGCUUGCCCAUUAUGAUAACCCUCAUGGUGGCCAAGUGGACGGGGGAUUUCUUCAAUAAGGGCAUCUAUGACAUCCACAUUCAUCUGAGAGGAGUGCCACUGCUGGAGUGGGAGACAGAGGUCGAGAUGGACAAACUGACAGCCAGUGACAUCAUGGAGCCCAACCUGACGUACGUGUACCCCCACACGCGCAUCCAGUCCCUGGUGAGCAUCCUGCGUACCACCGUCUACCAUGCCUUCCCCGUGGUCACCGAGAACAGGGACAACGAACGGGAGUUCAUGAAGGGCAACAUCCUCAUCAGCAAUAACAUCCGCUUCAAGAAAGCAAGCGUGCUGACGCGGGCCGGGGAGCAGCGGCGGCGCUGCCAGUCCAUGAAGUCAUACCCGUCCAGUGAGCUGCGCAACGUGUGUGACGACCAGCUGGCGGCCGUGGUGCCUGCUAUGGAGGAGGGCCAGGACAUGCUGCAGCAGAUGCUGGAGAGGAGACAUGCACCCUACCCUAACCUGUACCCAGACCAGUCCCCUAGCGAGGAGUGGACCAUGGAAGAGCGCUUCCGACCUCUGACCUUCCACGGCAUCAUCCUGCGCUCUCAGCUGGUCAACCUGCUGAUCCGCGGCGUCUGCUACGCAGAGAACCAGUCGAGUGCCACGCAGCCGAGACUGUCGUACGCUGAGAUGACGGAGGACUACCCCCGUUUCCCAGACAUCCAUGACCUAGACUUGGCCCUUCUCAAUCCCCGCAUGAUAGUGGACGUCACCCCGUACAUGAACCCUUCCCCCUACACAGUGUCCCCAAACACACAUGUGUCCCAAGUGUUUAACCUAUUCAGGACCAUGGGCCUUCGACACCUGCCUGUGGUCAACGCAGUAGGAGAGAUUGUGGGAAUAAUCACACGACACAAUUUAACCCACGAGUUCCUCUUGGGGAAACUCAGACAGCAUUACAUCACCAUUUGAGCUCCAAGGUCCAGUCUUUAAAGCCGUCAAGAGUCACCCACGUCUUGCAAUCCCUCCUUCAACUGGACCUGUACCAUACUUUUCCAUGUCUUAUCCAUUCCCCCACACUCUGUACGACACGAUGGGCACACACCUCUGUAACGAGAGGUUAAAGGAUUACUUUUGUCUGCUCCUGGAGCCUCUACAGCCCAAGACAUCCCCCCCCCCUGUAUCCCAAGUGUCCACGCUUUACCAACAGACCGACUUUCUCAUCUUUAUCACUGUAACACUCUUGUUUUGACUUGUGACUGUACAUUUGAAUUUUAUGUUCUCUGUGUAUUUAAAUGUAUUAUACUAUAUAUUUGCGAAAAGAACAUUUCACUGUGCCGCCGGGGGUUUCGAUCAAAGUAGGUUUUUCCUGUAGUGUUAUCAAAAUGUCACAUUGCGGACUAUUUCUAACCUAGGCAUAUGUGUGGAGCUGCAUUAACACACAAAUACACAAUUGCACUCGCAUAUGUUAAGCUUAACAGAGGACAGUUCAUCUCACAAAUAUUCAGGCAGCAAUGUUAUGGGUGUGUUUCGAAAGGACAGAGGAAGAUGGAGGAAUAUAGUGUAUGUCAAGACUGGAUAGAAUCGACCAAGGUUUUUUUGUUUUAAUUUUGAGUUAGAGGGUGUGGGACCAAGAAAGGUCCAGCAUAUUUUCUAGACAGAAAAGGGUGGACAUUUGUUUGUCAGUAUUAAGUACCUCUGUAAAAUCUUUGUGGAAAUGUUGCCGUUGUUCACCUUGUAGAUUCACAUUGCAGGGAACCAAUAAUGUGGUGACUUUCUGGCUAGUUUCCCCAUCCAUGUAGGUUGUGUUGGUCGUACUUCAAAGGUAGAAUCCGCAAUAUGACAUUAUCACACAGCUCAAGAGAUGGUGUAAUGGUGCUUUCAAGACUGGGAACUCAGGGAAAAACAAGGUCAAAUCAGGACGUCAGUGAUCUUCAGGUCGGAAAGUCGAGGCUCUAGAAAGAGGUCAGAGUUCCCCACUUGGAUGACUGUUCAAAACGAAUUUUUCUGGUUCCCAGUUGUCUUGUGCUCACUGAAGUCGAAAGUCAGAGAUUUUCGAGUUCCCAGUUGUUUUGAACGCAGCAUAAAUUGGCAUAAGCCAGUAAUGUCUGUGCUAAGUUGAUGUGUGUAAGUAGGGCGUUUGCCCACUGUCUAUUAGGGGUGUAAUGGUUCACCAAACCCACGCUUCAGUACAUAUUGCGGUUUUGGGGUCAUGGUUCGGUCUCGGUAUAACGGGAAAAUGAAAUGCCAUUCACAAUCUUCCUGGCAUUGUCGGUUGUGACAGGAUUGUUAUGUUGAGUCUCAAGUUUCCACUCUGAUGCUGCGUUUGUAACCAUGUGGGAGGUGGGAAUUUACCGGUUUUCAAGUCCAUAAAUAAAUAUCAGUUGGAUGCAUUCAUGUGAUUGGAUCUCGUUGAGAAACGCUGAUUGACUAAUGACUAACAAGCUGCGUCAACCAUAAACUAAAAGUACAGCUAUCAUGCGUGCAAACAAAUUAUAGUUUCAAAACCUCAGUAAUAGAUGCUGUAAUGUUGUUUUCUUUUGCAUUUAACUGCCAAAGAUUAUCUUAAGCGGCCAUUUCUGUCAUAGGUGACUAUAGAGGUCACCAUCCAUGUGCGAGAAGUUGCUCAGGAUGAUCGACAAAUUUCCCACAAGUAAUUCAUUACCAGAUAGAGGGCUGUUCAAGUGGAUUUUUCCCAGUAGUAUGUGGUAAAUUCCCACUUCCCACUUGGUAACAAAUGCACCAUGACUCUGCCUCCUUCAGUGCCAGAUGCACACUUGUAGCUCUCGUAAAGGGGCCGUGUCUGUAGCACAGUACAUUUCCCACUCCAGGGUAAGGUGAUGGGCUGUCACAAUUAAGUAAGUGCAACACAGGGUGCAUUGGCCAAUUCAUUGAAAAUGUUGGCUUUGGCCUGCUUAUAUAGAGCGGGUAUGACCUGUUUACUGAAACGGGUGCAAGAGGGAAGUUUGUAACAUGGCUCGAUCACUUUCACGAGGUGCUGAAACCCACUAUUCUCAACUACUGAGACUGGGUGCAUAUCCGUGGCUAUAAACCAAAGAAAGGUUAAAAAAAUAUAUACACUUAGCCAAACUAUCACUCUUGUAAUUUAUUUGUCCCGGUCAGAUUUAGGUGCUUGAAUUUAGAGGAGAGACAUUGUUUCUUUGUGUUUCUGUCUUGCACCGGUAUACUGGAGUGAUGUCGGCGUAAAUGUGCCAACAUAUUUGAGGUGUUGGCAGCUGCAUAGGUGACAUUGUUAUCCACAACUCUAUCCAUUGCGGUUGUAAUUUACUGGGAGGAAACCAAAAUGUUCUCAAACUUGAUCUAAAUGAUGAUGGAGGAUCCUCUAAUUCUGGUUCGUUGACCCCACCACUCGCCAUUAUGCAGAACAAAUUCUUUGCUGCGCCUCACAAAAUUUUGAAAUGCUCAAAAAUAAGAUUACAAUUAAUUACAAUGUGCACAUAGACUGUACUUGUUUUAACGGAAUAGCCUGAAAUGUUUUUUUUUUUUCAGAUCAGAUUUACUCUAGGCCUACAAUGCAGCAUAGCCUAUAGGCCUAGUGUUUUUAUGUUGUAAAUAAAAACAUUUUAACGUAUUUUAAUUUGGGUUCACAGUGUGGACGGUUUGGUACAAAUACAUGUACGGUUACACCCUUGCUGUGUAUGGUGAUGUUAUAUUGCAGAGUCUACCUUUUUUAACAUGUGCUAAAACAUGAUGAUGAGGCCAGUGCAGCUUUUUUAUAAAUAGUAAAGAUGGAUGUAAAGUGAAUCAAUUAUGACAAACCAUGAUGGCACAUAAAGUGCCUUCAGAAAGUAUUCACACCGCUUGACUUUUUCCAUACUUUGUUGUGUUACAGCCUGAAAUGUCUUGAGUCAAUAACUACUCAACACCUUUUGUUAUGGCUAGCCUAAAUCAGUUCAGGAGUAUCUAUUGAUAGAUGGGUAAAAAGCAGAUGUUGAAUAACCCUUUAAGCAUGGUGAAGUUAUUAAUUACACUUUGGACACCCAGUCACUCACUACAAAGAUUCAGGCGUCUUUCCUAUCUCAGUUGCCAGAGAGGAAGGAAAACGCUCAGGGAUUUCACCAUGAGGCCAAUGGUAACUUUAAAACGGUAGCAGAGUGUAAUGGAUGUGACAGGAGAUCUGAGGAGGGAUCAUAAACAUUGUAGUUACUCCACUAUACUAACCUAAAUGACAGAGUGAAAAGAAGGAAACCUGUACAGAACAAGGCACUUAAGUAAAACUGCAAAAAAUGUGGCAAAGAAGUUAACGCUUUGUAUUUCAGGACAAAAAGUUAUGUUUUGUGUAAAUCCAGCACAACACAUCACUGAGUACCACUCUUCAUAGUGGAGGCUGUAUUAUGUUAUGGGUAUGCUUGUCAAAAAAAUUGCACAGGCAAAAUCUAAUACAAGACUUGAAAAGGGCGUUCUAGCAAUUAUCAACAACCUGCUUCAGAACAUAAAGAAUACAUUUUUUUUUUUUUAAAGAAUAAUGUGCAAAUAUUGUAAAUCCAGGUGUGCACAGCUCCGAGACUAACUGAGAAAGACUCACCUCUGUAAUCCAUGCCAAUUCUGAUUCUAACAUGUUUAUUUUAUAUGGCAAAUCAGUUAAGUGAAAAAUUCAUAUUUUCAAUGACGGCCUAGGAACAGUGGGUUAACUACCUGUUCAGGGGCAGAACGACAGAUUUGUACCUUGUCAGCUUGUCAACCUUGUCUGAAGGGAAUUUUUUUUUUGAAUCAAUUUUGAAUUCAGGCGGUAACACAACAAAAUGUGAAAUAAGUUAAGGGGUCUGAAUACUUUCCACAUUUGUUACGUUACAGCCUUAUUCUAAAAUGGAUCUAAAAAAGAAAAUCCUCACUACCCUAUACAUUUUUGCUAAUUAAUUUUUAAAAAUAAACCGAUACCUUAUUUAUAGAAGUAUUCUCAACCCUUUUUGGUAUGAGAUCACAAGUGCGUCAUUAUGGGCUAUUGUGUUUAGAUUGAUGAAACAUUAUUUUUUUGUCCAUUUUAGAAUAAGGCUGUAAUGUAAAUGACUUAAAUGUAAUGUAAAUGUAAUGUAACAAAAUGUGGAAAAAGUCAAGGGGUCUGAAUACUUUCUGAAUGGACUGUAUACACUAAGCAUUCCUUGUUAUGUUUCAUGUUUUUUGCCUUGUUUUAUUUAAGAGUUUAUUUUUAUGAAAUGUUAUUUGUAUGAUUUGCUACAUGUACUAUAAAGGAUAUAAUGAUAAGCCGUUACAUUUGGUCUAGAACAAGAUAAAUAGUAGUUACUUUGGGGGGGGUAUUUGUUUGUAGAAUUGCCAUAGCGUGGGUUGCAAAAUGUAAGGGUAUCUUUCCCAAAAUUCUCGGGUUUCAGGAAUCGUCCAACCAGGAUUUAUGGAAAACGGUGGAAUUUUGGGUCAGUCAACAUCCACACUAAAUGUGUCUCUGCAGAUGACAUGCAUCAAAUUAAGUUGUAUGGAAAAUGGACAGGUGGUAAAUGUGCUAUGCUUAGCCAUUGUCAGGACCAGGGGGACCGGUUUCCCCCACCCCCUCCAAAUAACAUUAUGGACACACCAGUGUUUAGUAAAUCUGCUGUGGAGGUUUGGGCAUUGCUCUGAGCUUGGUGAUACGUUUGUGGAAGCUUGACAUACCGUAUGUAGAAAAGCAAGCCCAUGGCAAACAACAUAGGUCCCUGGGAAAGAGAAAGCAGAAACCUCUGUCAUGUGCCUUGAUAUUGCUCUUCAAAAUAAAGGUCCCUUUUGUUUUGUAAAUCA